AAUGUAGAGAUUAUAGGGUGCCACACUCGGUCUAUGGAGCAGCUUUACUCCAGUACCUUAGUAUGCAUUCGCCACUUUGAAUCUGAAAUAAUUGAAGCAAAGAAUGAAGUCUGUGGGAUCAAUUAGAAAGAUUACCAAAGCUAUGAAGAUGGUUGCAGCAUCUAAGAUGAAACAAGAUGUUUAGAGAUUAGAGAAUGGAAAGCACUUCGGAAUACGUUCAAUCUAAGAUUUAUUUGCCUAAGAAACUUAUCUAUAAAAGAAGCAAUUAACAUUUAAGAUUAAUAAGACUUUAAUUGUUCCAAUUACAUCAGAUAAAGGACUUUGUGGUGGAAUCAAUUCAUCAAUCAUUAGAGAAACAAGAAGCAUUGUUAGAUAAAAUCGUAAUGCUUAUAAAUUAUUCUUGGUUGGAGAGAAGGUAAAAAAUAUCAUUUUUACAUUAAGUCCUUGGGAGCCCUAUAAAGAGCCUUCCCUGAAUUACUUACUCAAGCUAUAACAGCUAUCUAAACACCAAUCAAUUUUGCUAAUAGUUCUUCUAUUGCACAUCAAAUACAACUUAAUGUUACAGAAGACAUUGAUUAAAUUUCUGUCAUUUUCAAUUAAUUUAAGAAUGUUGUUUAAUAAGUUGUUAAGCGUGUUGAUUUACUCAAUAGAAAGAACUUCAUUGCUUAAUUUAGAUUGGUUACUAAAUAUGAUACAGCAGAACCUGAAAAGGAAUUCGUCUAGAAUUACAUGUAUGAAUACUAUGUGGCAACUGCUUUUUAUCAUGCUAUGUUGAAUAAUUUUGCUAGUGAAACAUCUUCUAGAAUGAACGCUAUGGAAAAUGCUUCUAAGAAUGCAGGAGAAAUGCUUGAUAAAUUGACUCUUGAAUACAAUAAGGUUAGAUAGGCUAAAAUCACAGUAGAAUUAUGUGAAAUCAUUUCAGGAGCCUCAGCUGUCUGAA